AUGCCUUCUCACCGUUCCCUCCUCGCCCUCGUAGCGGCUUCGCUCACAUCGACCGCGAGUGCUGCGAUGGGACCUGCCUUCUCAACCGGUCCCGUUGGCAGCGGUGCCUACAUUAUUGAGGCAACCUCGACUUUGACUUUGCCUGCCGUUCCUGCUGACCAAGCCAACGACCUUUCUCUCUGGGUUGGUAUGGGUACUUCGUCUGGUGAUUUGAUACAGUCUAUUGCCGACAACUGGAACUCAAAAAACUGGUCCAUCUACGCAUAUACGCUGGUGAAGACGGGCGACAAUUCGCAGAUGCCGGUCCAGACGGAUGGAACCGACGCGACUGAAGGCGAUCAAAUUACUAUGCACUACAAGUUCGACAAGUCAAGUGGCAACUACACACAGCUAGUAUCCAUCAACGGGAACCAGGUUGCAGAGCUCUCAACAAGCUCUGGACAGGCGCAAGGCUGGGGCAGUGCGGUUGAGUGUGCAGAGGACACCUGCGGAACGGUAGCCGCACACACGUGGACAGAUACGAAGAUCGUAUUGAGCAGCGCGGAUCCUAACUACGACCAGACCCUGGGUAAGGGCCAGGGUGUCACGGGAGAACUGUCCACUAGCGAUGGAGGUAUUACCUGGGUGGCAACCGAUAUCAAUGUUCCUGCAUUCACAUUCGGCUCUUCAUAA